ACUGGUUGAUUUUUAGUUUGCAGUACGUUCUACUUUUAUGCAGCAUCAAAGAGUCUUAAGAACCACCUCGUGUCUUAUCUAUGCUUCUGACCUUAUAGAAUUCGUUAGGCAUUAUAUUUAUCAAAGUUUAGAUCAAAGUUAAUUUAAAGGCAUAAAUGUAUGUAGGGUUUUUUUUUUUUUCAUAGACAAAGAAUUGUCACCAUGGAUGAGGCAUUGGUUGACUGAAUUUCACGUUCACUUGUAUGUACAAAUAUAUUAAGUCAGUACCAAAUGCUCAAACCUGAACGCGGUCUCUUUGGUUUUCUGAACGACUGAAUCUCUUAACAAUCCUUGGUCAACAUAGUUAUUUGCAUGUCACGUGGAUAGUACUAACCAAUCAUGUUUCAGGUUGUCAGAGUCCUGUAAUUAGUUCGGAAAAUAUAAAAAGCCUUGCUGUCAAUUGAUUUUUUUAAUGUUUUGCCCUACUUUACUUGACCGGACUGGAUUAACACAGGAGGAUGGUUUUAAUUACUGUCAGAUUAAUUGUGCUGGUUGUCAUAUAAAUAUGGAGCAGCAGGAGCUAGGCGGGGAGAAAGCCAGUAGAAGUUUUUACACAUCUGCGUUUGGAGGGCACUCGAGUCGCUCUUCGUCUUAUUUCCUGUCGGAUACACCGAACUCUCUGAGCCCCGAGCCUCUAUCGUCUUACGUAUCUUUUCCCAACGCAGCGUCUUGUACCAACUCGCAGGUUGCUUUUGGGUGUCACUUCGCCAACAGUUUCUACAGUUGCAAAGCUCCUCCAAGCGCUGUGUUUCAGCAACGAGUCAUGAACCACCACAGUGUUAAUGGGAAAGUAUAUGGACACUUGGCUGAUAAACAAGAUGUGAUGGAUUUCAGUAGAGCCGCAAUACACUGCAGUGAAGGUCCGACCCGGAUUCGGGACGUUGGUGUGUAUCAGGGCUAUGCAGGACCCUAUAGGAUCCCUGGAUAUAUUGAUGUCCCUGUAGUUCAGCGCGCCAGGACCAGAGAUCACAAACAUGAAAGUCCUUUCGUAAUGGAGGACUACGAGCCCUGGAACUGGUCGAGCAGUUGGAACAACCAAAUUUAUUGUCCGAAAGAGCAAACGGCCAGCCCGCAUAUCUGGAAAUCGUCACUAGCAGGUAAGAUGUAUACUUAUAUAUUUGCAGAAGACGCAGCGCCUGAUACCGGCCCUUUUCUUCGGCGCGGGAGGAAGAAACGGGUUCCCUAUACGAAACUGCAGCUGAAGGAACUCGAGCAUGAAUACACCAUUACAAAGUUUAUUACCAAAGAGAGGCGACGACGGAUAGCCUCCUCGACUAACCUGUCAGAGAGACAAGUCACUAUAUGGUUUCAGAAUCGCCGUGUCAAAGACAAGAAAAUUAUUUCAAAAAUAUCUAAAGACUUUGAAUCUUUUUAAGAAAUUACCACCUAAACUAAUUUUAUACUCAAUUCAAUGUCGUUAAUGUUCUGAAGCUCCUUAUUUGUAGAAAUGUGUCAAAAUGUGCAGUAAGUUUGAUCGAUAUAUCAAUUUUAACGGCUUUAAAUAUAUUAUUGAAUAAUUAGUGUUGUUCUGCAAGAACCACUAUUAUUUUAGACACAUAAUUUUAAGGGUUAAGGCUACUGAAAAGACAUUAUAUACGCUAUAUAUUAAUCCUACGAUAUAAGUUUAUUCUAUGGUAAGGCAAUUCCGGUUUAUAAACUUCGGUUUUGUUUAUA